UUAAAAGCCGGUCGGUAGAAGGGCGGACGGACAGAUAGUUCAAUAGUCUCCUUCAGAUAUGGACAUAAUUCGUAAAUAUUACGAUUUAUUCAUCCCAUAAGUUUUUCUUUUAAAGUUUGCAAACAAAACAGAAAACUAAUUUAUGCAUUUUGACAUGUUUCAAUGCAAAGGACUGCAUUUAAAAUCGACCGUGUACAUUCAGUGUAAAAUCAAUAGGGAAUACUGCGUAAUAAACUUCAAGGAUCGGAUAACAUUUGUGUGUGAUUCAUAUAUUCUUUAAGGUUGUACAGACAAUAGGAAUAUAUAUAUUUUAAGCUACUUCCAGGGAUAUGUACGUUAUGAAAAGAUGUUAGCCUCACAGACCAGAAGUUAUGAAGAUACCAAUCAACUGGAUUUGUUGUUGUAUGCCUCAUCGAAGGGAGAUUUACAACAAGUUACGGAAAUCCUAGAGACGGGAAUGGAUGUGAAUAGUGGCAAUGAGAUAGGUCAGACGGCAUUACUGGCUGCCUCCAUAGCAAAUCAAACAGACACAUGCGCACUACUACUUCAAAAAGGCGCCAAACUAGAUCACAGUGACAUAGGUGGUUUUACGGCUCUGCACCUUACAACAGAUGCUGAUUUAACGAAAUUGCUUUUAGUCAACAUAAAUGAUGACAAAAAGAAGAAAUUUGUUAAUGCAAGGAAAAAGUAUAAUAUAACGCCUUUGCACGAAGCUGCGUUUCGUGGCUCUCCCGGAAAGGUACUUGAACUUUUGUCGAACCAUGCAGAUGUUAAUGCUGAAGAUGAAAAUAGAGCGACUCCUCUACAUUAUGCAAUGGCUCGUUCUGGAAACAUAGAUACGUCGUUUAUGGAAGCUUUGAUUGAAUCUGGUGCAGACGUCAACAAACAAAAUGUAUUUGGGCAAACUCCGUUAGCAAUCGCAUGCAAGCAGCAUCAAUUUAUGAGCAAUGAAAUCACUGUACUGCUUAAAGCCGGUGCAGAUCCCCUUAUUCAAGCUAAUGACGGGAAUACUGCCCUUCAUGUUCUAUUCUUCGGGACAAACCUUUUCCAGCCUACAUUAACAGUCGAAAUAGUAGAAGCAUUAGUCAAAUCGAACAAGAAAUGCUUAGAAACCGUGAACUUAUACGGCGAACUUCCAAUUCAUGGAGCCCUAUCAAAACCGUUCAACGAAGAAAUUGCAUUAUGGCUUCUGAAGCACGACCCUGACAUGUCAAAUUCUAAAGACAACUUGGGAAGGACGCUCUUACAUCUUGCCUGCGAAAAGGAUUAUCUACUCAUUAUAGCCAAAUACAUUGAACGCCCAACACUAGUUAAUGCAAUUGAUUCCUUAGGCAGGUCUAUUUUGCAUUAUAGUUGCAUGUACUCUCAAAGUGGUGAGUCUGUCAAACGUAUUUUUGAAAGCCAAGCUUUUCAAAACUGUGGCCUAACUGACUUAUUCGGAAUCACAGCCUAUCAAUAUGCCACAUCAAGAAAUUCUGAAGUUAUAAAUAAACUUAAGGUUCACUUUGAAGAUAACAUGAAAACAACAGCCUGUGCUAGAUGUGUUGCAGGUAUCAGUAUUCUUUCUGAGAGGAUGAGUCUAUUGGGAGAAAAGUCAGAAAAGCUUUUGCCGAAAAUUGUGGUAGGAGGAAAUGUCACAGUUCCGUCAAGUUUGCGUCCUUUGAAAAAUGCUCAGGAUUAUGUGAGUCAGAUGUGGAGUGCAUGCGCGUCGCCGGUCAAGAAUUCAGCGAGCUUCGAAUUACAGAAAAGAAAGGUAGAACAUUUCAUGAUUACUUUAAUCGGGAUAAUGAAAGAAUAUGAUGGCAGGUUUGAGGGAAAUCUUCGCAUGAGAGGCAGUGCGUAUGAGGGUACAAUAGCAGACGAAAGAGGAGAUUUUGAUUUCAUGCUUGACAUCGAUAAUCUGAGCUCUAUCUGUAGUACUAAAGAAGGAAACUCUGAUCAACCAGGAUUUGUCCGAGUGGCGUUAGACAUGGGAAAGGACCCGGGCAUUUAUAAAGAUUUCUUUGACAGCGAUGGAAUGCUAAGAAGCGAGAGGGUCAUGUCUAAGUUUUCAUUAGCAGUCAUGUAUGCACUCCACCAGCCGUCAUUGUGGCAGACUUGUGGGUUUGACUUUUUGCCGAAGCUUUGCAUUACCUGGAAAGAUCGACCUGCUCUGAGCGUUAAAUGUAGGAUGUUCCAUCAGGACAUGUUUUUCGAGACUUCAAUCGAUUUCCUGCCUGCAAUUCACUGCGAAGAAUGGUGGCCAUCGGGGUUUGACUGCAACGGUUUUCUCGAUCAACGCAGUCUGAAAAAUGGUUGUCAGCUGAUCAUUAAGCCCCCAAAUGUUCCUUAUUAUCAGCACACAAAGUUCGGUGACCCGCGUCAAUAUCUGAAAAUGUCAUUCUCAGAAGCGGAAACCAAGAUCGUCCAAAGAUCCCAUGAAAAUAUCAGACAGGCAUUCAUCAGCGCGAAAAUGUUGCUUGGUCGAAACGUGGAACUUCCAUGGAGAUUUAUCGAGCCUAAAAGUGACGAAGGACAUUUUCUGUACAAUUCGCGAAUAAAUGUUCAAACGAAAAACUGUCUCACGUCGUUCAUGUUGAAACAGAGCUUACUGAACGAGCUUAGAAAACGACAGUUCGCACCAGACAGCGAAGGCGUCGAUUCAGUUCUCGUCUGGGUGCAAAGAAUUUACGCUGGACUGCACAAGUCUUUGAAAGAGGGGUGUCUUCCGUCCAUCUUCGUUCCAAAUUUAAACUACAUGCAAACAUUUCAACCAGAUGACAGUCUUGAGAUCAUGAGAAAUCUUGUGCUGCAGAUUAUUUACCACAGCUUACUCGAAGAGGAUAUGCCACUUGACAUUGAUCGAAAUGUAUCUUGGCAUCGGAGUACUACUGACUUUGAACGAAGUAUGCAUUCCCGGUUUAGCUACCUUCACAAAAUACUGCAAAGUCCAGAGGAACGGGAAUGAAUUCUCACAUUCGCACAAAGUGCUGGAAGAAGUGAGGAACGAAAAUAACAGUGAAUAAUGUAUAAUGCAUAGUGGAUUGUUCUGUCGCUACCUUUGUUUUUGUAAAUGGAAGUUGGAAAGUGUUCUACAAAAGGAUAUUUGAAGUAUUCUGUCACAGAUUGAUAUAUUUGGCAAUUCGUGACUAAAAGCAAUUCUAUCGUAUCUCCUUCUUUAUUUAAAAUGAGUUGCGACAGUUUUCUGAUCAGCCUCGUAUUGUAUAGAAAAUAAAGCUAUAUUUUGGA